AAGAAAUCCUAAUCAACUCAGCAUAAAAUACGAUUUCAACUCAGAAACCGUAGCGUAAUUAAUUUUUUGAAAAUCUUAGCUUAAUUUCUUCUAUUCAGGUGUUCGCCAAAUCAAAGAUGGGGAAGCGAAGCAGGAAGAAGCGCGAGGAUGACACGCCCUCAUCGUCUUCUUCUCCGUCCAGAUCCGACGAUUCCGAUUCUUCGCUGAGAAGGCGGCGGAGACACCGGAAAGAACGGAAAAGAGGGGACGAGAGCUCGAGGAGGGAGAGGGAGAGGGAGAGAGAGAAGAGGAAGAAGAGGGAGCGUGAAAAGGAGAGAAGCAGAAAAAAAUUGAGAAGAGAGGUGAAGAGGAAGAGGGAUCAUGCGUCCACUGAUGACUUGUCAGGGUCGGAUUCCGAAACAGAGAGGUCUAGGAUGGUGCCCGAAGAAGUUGUGCGUAAUAUGCUAAGUGAGUUCGCUAACGUUGGAAGCGAUUUGAUACAGCUCCUGCAAAUGAUUGAUGAUGGGCAAGCAGUUGACAUACGAGGGAUAUCUGAGAGGUCUUUGAGUAAGUGUUUGAGGAAGCUGUUUGUUUCGUUGAAUUUGAAGGAGAGUGGGGAUGGAGUGUUUUUAAGGCAGGCAAAUGCUCCUCCGGUUUUGGAUGUUGUUGGAUUCAUCAUUCAGGCUCAUAUGAAUUCGAAAGAACAGCAAGUUGAUCCUUCUGCGUCCGUGGAACGAGCACAUUCAGAAUUACCGGAGGCUGAAGAUAGACAAGGAAAAGAUGAUAGUCGUUUGGAGAUGCCAAGUCCAAGGGAUGAUUCUUGUGGUCCUAAAAGAAGGGUGAUUGGCCCUGAAAUGCCAUCAGCUGAGUUGCUUGCUGCAGCAGCCAAAUUAACUGAAGCCCAAGCUGAACUCAGAGAAGCUGAGUUGGAGGAAGAUACUGAACUGUUUGUAGGACCACCACCACCUGCAGUGGUUGCUGAAGCUGAAUCAGCGAAUGAGGCAGAGCGUUUCGAAGAGGUGACAAGAAUUAUGGGAGUUGAGGCUGAUUCCCCAUAUGAUGUGAUCGGAGCAAACCAACAUACGCCAAUUAAUAAUAUAAAGAAAAAGUACUGGAAGCUCUCUCUCUUGGUUCAUCCAGACAAGUGCCCUCAUCCUCAAGCACACCAAGCUUUCAUUAUAUUGAAUAAAGCUUUUAAAGAAAUACAGGAUCCAGAAAAGCGUAAAGUGCUGGAUGAGAAAAUUAAACUCAAGGAAGAACAGGAGGCAUUUAAGGUUGAGUUGAAAGCAAUGCGUGAAGCUGCUCAGUGGAGAAGAUUGCAAGGUAUAUCAAUGGAGGGUGAUGAUGAGCUCUUGGCAGAAGUAGAAGUUAAAACGGCACCAAAAAGGGAUGAAUGGAUGACAACGCUACCUCCUGAGAGGAAACCUGGCAUGACUAUGCAAUCAACAAAAUUCAGCAAGGGAACUAAAGAAGGUCGUGGUGAUACCAGUGUCUGGACUGAUACCCCUUCUGACAAAGCUCAGAAAGCGAAGAUGAACUAUUUGGAAGCAUACAAUGAAGCUUCUGCACUUGCUUCAAAUGAACAAGAAAAGAAAAGGUCAAGCGCAGAUGCAGAUUUGGUGGAUAAAUACAACAAAGAAAAACGCUCAAAAUCGUUGGUUCAAAAGCACCAAGAAGAAGCUCGAAGUCGUACAAAGAAAAAGUCCAAACAGUCAACACAGAAAGAAGAGUGGGUUGGCCAACAUCCAUGGAAGCCUUGGGAUCGUGAGAAUGACCUCACUGCUGGGAGGCAAAAUGUAAAACUUGAUUCCGAAAACAUGACUCAGGGUUUGACUUCCCGGUUUUCUGCAGGAACUUUUCAGAGGAACUUCCUCUAGGCCAUGAAUGGGUGACUAACUUGCACAGGAGUUUUGGCUGGAAUAUACCCUAAACUAAGUCAUUCGUUCAAAUGAAUUUUGUGGGUUCAUAUCUAUUAUAUGUAACUUCUGUUAUGUUCUCAUAUCUUUUAGCUUUAUAUUUUCGAAAAAUAUCGAGGUAGAUUAUCAAGAAUUUCCAUCUUUAGAAUCUGUACUGGUGUAGUUUAGAACCUUUCUACUUGAAGAUAUGUCCUGUAAAUGACAAAAUAUUGUCACUACAAAAUAUUGUCACUCAAAAGUAUCACUUAAACAUUUUUUAAUGACA